AUGCCUGAUACAGGUUGCAUCUUCCGGCGCAAGCCAAAGGCUUUUCUGUUGGGAUGGCUGCUGUGUAUGGCAUGGCAGUUCACUGCGACGGCUGCGACCAGAUGCAAGGAGUGGGAUAACGCGGAGUCGGCUCUGCUACAAACAGUGGCUCACUUAGCUGACGCCCAAAGGGUUGGAUCUACCAUGAGAGACGUCUCCCUCGAUGCUGCGAUCAACUCGACCCAGAAGGUGGGCAACAAGGUGAAGCAGCUUUUCUUGGCUGGGAAAUUGGGGAGAAGCAGCCGAAGCAGCUCGUACUUUCUGGAACCAUCGCGUCUGCAACACUCGACAGGGACCAAUGUGUCCAGGAAGUCCAGUUGGCUUGAACAGUCGGCAGGCUUGGUAGGUGCCAUGUUAGCGACCGUCUCCAUCACAAUGGCAGACAUUCUCUGGAUGAUUCCGUACAUCACGAACGAAGUCACAGGACGGUGGAACUCGCUGUUCUUCGUGGUGCUGCUCCAAGUUUUGGCCACCCUCUCUAUUCUGCUGGCGGAUGAGGAGGACCAGAGCUUGAAGCGUGACUCCCACGCGCAGAGGUGGAUCGAUGUUGCCAGCGCCGCGCUUCUCUGGCUCUAUGCUUUCUACCUGUACCUGGAUGAGCAUGUCUUCCAGAAGGCGCUGGCGGCGGAGCCGGAGGCCACCCCCGAAAGCGAAGCGCUCGACGAGACAUGCUGUGACACAGCUCGUGGUACGACCAAGUACAGCAGAGGUUCCUUUGUCGUGCUCGCCCUUCUGAACUCGGUGGACCAGGUGAUCGUCUUUGUGCCCUUGGUCUCCACCGGCAUGGUGACGGCCAUGGAGCUCCAGGUUGGCGUCCUCAUCAGCUCCACUUUGUCAAUUGCAGCAUGCUUUGCAGCUGGGCAGCUAACGUGUGUGGUGGACACCAUCAAGGCCAUCCCGCUCUGGUUGCUGGUAACCUUCGUCGGGGUGGGUGCUUUUGUUGGACUUCUCCACGAAAGCCGUGAUUUUCGCGGGAAGCCCAGCAAGCCGUUUUUUGCUUCAGAUUUCUGGCCGACCACGGUUAAUGAUGAUCCCGACCUGGCGCGAAUCAGUGUCCAGGUUUCUGCAUGCAACUUCUGCAUUGAGCUUGAGGAUGCGAUGCAGAGGAAGGUGUGCCUGGUGGAUCAUGCUGGCGAGCUGUACACAGAGCUGAGCGCAGCUGACCACUGGGACACCGCUGUUUGUCCGAGUUUGCCUCGGCGUCGCUCCGUCGUCAGGCUUGGCUGCUUGCAGCUCAGGCUGGACCCCGAGGAGGCGCUGAUGGUCACAGACUUGCUCCUCAGCUUCCUGGAGCAGUGUGACAUGCCCGCGGAGCUGCUAGCUGACCUUCUCUCGCCAAAGCACGCGGAUGGUCUUAGAGACAUACUGUUAGCUCCGGAUGGGAUCGCGAUGCCAGAGUCUCCGCCAUGGCCUCCGGACUUGAGCCUCACAUGCCCGGACACCGUGCACGUGCUUCUGCCCUGUGGGGUGUUGCCGCCCUUGGCGCUGAGCUUUGACGUCUGCUCCCAGCGCGCUUGUGAGACAGGCAGUCUGACGCUUCAACUCCGCGACCUGACCACCUGGCUGUUACCUUCCUUGCCUCCUCUGUGGCCGGACGACUGGACCCCGAAGAAGAGGAUGGUGCACUGCCCGUCCGUGCUCUUGUCUGUGACGCCGCAGGAGCUCUCGGUCCAACUCUCCGCUCUGAGCGUCUCCUUCGCCCCCAUGGCCCUGACGCUGCUGACACGGGGGCUCCGCCGCUGGGGCAACGCUCAAAAGGAUGUCGCUCCAAUCAUGGAGAAGCGCAGCACCUUCAGCAGUUCCUUCGGAAGCUCAGGUGAACUUGCAGCCUCUCCGAGAGACUGGCACUUCACCUUGCGUAUGCACGUGCCGCAGAUCGAGCUCGAACUCCUGCUCGCAGAAGUACCGGUCAUGAAAGGCCGUCUACAACAGUGGAACCUGGCCUUGGAAGGCGCGUGUAGCAGCGGCCUCAGUAUUUUUUCUUCUCUGGACUCGGCCUUCCUUUGGGUGGCCGGGUCGAGCCGACCUGUGCUGAAAUUCCUUGGCGCCUCCCAUCUCUCGAUCGCCCUUCCACUGGGGGAAUCAGCCUUCAAGGAGGAGCUUGCGGUCCGCUGCCUGGUGGCACCGCUUUGGGCAUGCAUCGAUUGCACGGCCUUCUCUCUGAUGCUCGAUUAUCUGACAGAGCUCGAAGAGGCAUUUGCCAGCAACUCGUUGGCCUGUGAAUCCACCGUGGACUUGAGCGAUCACCAGCUACCUGCGCAGAUGUACACAGCGCCACUGUCCAAUGCCGUCUGCUGCCUUUUGCCAGAAUGCUGCUAUCGAUUGCAGCAGUGGGACGUGCAUCUGGCACUGACCAGCCUUUCGAUUUUCAUCCCAGCGACAGCAGACAGAGACCCUGAAGGAAUCCUGAUUGGCUGUGCGGCGAAGUGGUCUCUGCGGCAGUUGAGGAGCCGAUGUUUGGUGUCGAACUUCUUUGCAGUCCAGGCAUUGCAGAGCACUUCACUCUCAGCGCCAAAGGGUAUUGACGGGGCCAUCCUCCACCCCUGCCGGCUGAAGCUCGAGCUGAAUCUAGCACUGGAGCCUUCUCAAGUGCUUCGAGGCGUAACUGGUCGCCUUGUCGUAGAUCCUGUUUGCAUCUCGCUGAAGACUGAACAUGUUCCAUUGCUCCUUCAGAUCUGGGAAUACCUUUGUAACCUGGACGAUGCGCUUGCUGCAUUCGGGGCAGACCAGUGUUUUGAGCGAUCUUCAAGCACAAGCAGCUUGACUUGCAGGGCCAAGACGGAUUGGUCUGACCAUGCGGAGUCAACCCGCCGGCUCUGGAGAGCAAGCUUCAAGGACCUUCAAAGGGCAGCGAAGGUGCUGGAAGAAUUGAUCCCAGAGUGUUUCUUGCAGUUCUGUGAGCACAUGCUUAGUCUGGUGUGUGCUUGUAGAUUGCAGCUGGAAGUGGAAUUUUGUGCGUUGCACGUCGGAUUAGUGCAGUCUUCUACCGACGCAGAGCUUGUCAUCGUCUUGGUGGAAGAUACACUCGUUUCACUGGAUCGGACUCUGGCCGGCUUCGCCACGCAGCUAGGCUUAGGGGGAGCCCCUUCGCCACUCUCCGGGACUUCUGCAAGCAGCGCGCCAACCUCGCCGGUCACACGUUGUCCACGGCGUCGUGAGCAUCUUAUGAUUCAAGUUGGUGCGGUGUCUGUUGACAUUACAUCCACUGAGCUGGCCAGGGGAGCAAUGCUGCUGGAGCCCGUUUGCAUCGUCUUGGACUUGUAUGAAGGUCACAGACAUCAACCAUCCAGCUGCAAAGUUUCUUGGGUGAAUCUGAACGUAAGCUCGGCACUGAUCGAGACGAUGGUGAGCUUGUACAACGACGCGGUUGACAGAACAGCCUCAAUGCGACCCUUCGAGGCCACCAGUCCUGGGGCAACGCCGGUGUCUCCGCGAUGUUUCUCGCCCAGUGCGCAGCCGCCCACACCAGUGAAUGCGCGUCCGGUACUUCAGCGUCAGGUGAGUAUUUCUUCGCGUCAGCCCCAGCUGGCGGUAUGGAAUGAGCUUGGUCAGGACAUUGCUUUGACUGUGAUGGACACGGGAGGUUCGCACGUUUCAGAGCACAUCGCAAGUGAGACAAAAGGCAUUGUCCAGAUGCCAUGGUGUGGUAUCCGCACUUCCAGUGCCGGUGACCCUCGGGGAUGGUCGGUGCAGCUGCGAAUUGCUGAAUUGGCUGACAUGGAUGUUUCCCUGCACCUGUCGGCAGCGGCAGCCAUCAAGUCUGUCGCCGUGAAGAAAAAAUAUCCGACCAGCAGUUCGUCGAUCACCGGGUCGCUGAAACGACUGACUUCCAAGCUGCGCUGCAAUAGCAGUGAGACCAACACCAGCACUCAGAGCAACUUGGACUUUGCAAUGAAAGCAACGCCUUCCACUUUGCUUUCGGGACAGUGCUGGAUGCUGGUGCGCACCGAAGUCGGCAGCAAGCUUCACGAGCUCGAGGUGCACAUCAGUUCCGUCCUCUUCUUGGAGAAUCGGACCAGCGUAAGCAUCUCAGUGGCACCCUACGGAACUCCACUGGAGAACUUCCUGGAGCUUGCUCCCAAGAGCCGACCCCAGCCCGUCCCCGUGGCCUGGCUCACGAUCGGAGCGGAUGGGAAGUUGCCGCCGACUCUCUGGGCCGGGGUGACCCAGGAGCUGAAAACCCCUCCGCUGGGGAGCUCUGGCAGCUCCCUGAGCAUGACGGCGGUGAUGUCUGGGGUGUCGGGAAGCACCGACUCUAUUGCUUGGACUUGGAUGAGAAGCCAACGUAAGAAAGGCAUGCUCCAACCGCUGAUUGGCUCGCGGACUUGGCAAGCGAUCUGUCGUUACAAAAGCAUGGUUGCAAACGACUACUUCCUUCGCUCACGGAUGAUUCGACUGCAGGAUCGCUUGGGAGACGAGUGCGCCUGCUUCUCCGCGACCGUCUCCGGCGUCAGCGCGGACUUGCAGGCGUCCCUGCAGGCCUUGAUCUUCUCGGUUGCCCUGGAUCCUGCUGCCCAGAUAUGUAACCGAAUGCCUUGUCCAUUGGAGCUGAGCACAGUGGAUGGCCCCGUUGUCAUCCGGCCUGGUGCGGAUAUCGACAUUCUAAAGCCAUCUCAGCAACUGCAGCUCUCCUUACAGGCUCCGAUCUCCACCGGCAUCUCAGAUGAGCCCGUCCGCCUCCAUCUCGCCACAGGCCUCUGGGCGGACCGAUUACCAAGAGAGAAGCAUCAGAAGCAGCUCAUCUUUGAGGGUGAUGAGAAGGAAAAGAAGGACAGGGACGACAAAGAACCUCCACGCCUGGUGGCAACGCUGGAAACAGAGCCGGGCUUGACGAUGUCGGAGUCCUGGGCGCCGCUGCAGGUGCGUCAGUACUCGCCACGCUCCUUGCGGCUCGUCUUCUUCACGCAGUAUUGGCUGAUGAACCGACGGAGUGACUGCCGUGUUUGCCUUCCACGGGUGGACCUCCCGGCGAGGGCCGAAACAGGCUUGGCGAGAUUCGGCAGCAAGCGUCCUGGUCGUGCAACACGGCAUGCGCUGAUGCAGUAUGACCGCAACUCCUUGCGAAUGGUCUCGGAGGACUUAGUGAGGCGCGGCAAGAUCCGGCUCGGCCUCUGUGACCAGCGCUACAAUGCAAACGGCGAGUCGCUGGUUCCAGUGACCCAAGCAUUCAGGAUAAGACAACCCACGGUGGGUUCUGCAACGGCACCUCGCACAGACCGCAAUCCAGUGCAGCGGUGCUUCGGAUAUACAGUCAGACCCGCACCGCUUCCAUUUCACCGGACGCUGAUUGUGGAGGUGGUGCGGCGUUACACUCUACUGAACCACAAGGAUCACCCGUUGUUUUGCUUUGAGCAGAGCGUUAGCUUGGCACCGCUGGAGAUUGCAGCAGGUUCCUCUGCCGCCUUCGAUCCCCAGGGAGCUAAGCUGCAGAUCGCAAUCAGUGGAGUUGGGCCGAUUUAUGGCACCGCGGCAGCUGGAAAUGCUGCUGUGAGUGAAAGGCCGCCAGAUCGGGUGUCGACCCUGCCCAACAGGCUGAAGCACGAAGUUGCAGACCUGGAAAGCGGGCGCCGUGCCCAAAAGAGGGCUGUCACUUGGGCGGACCAGUACCAGGCCGACAACUGUGAACCCGACUUGGUCUUAGAAGCCAGGGAGGAUGACCAGUGGGGAUGCUCUUCAGCUUCCUUCGGGCUUGCAGAAACGAGCAGAAGUCGCUUCCAGCUGAUGCAUCAGCUUGAUUUGUCCUGCUUUGUACCUGCCAUGGCAUGUGCAUCUGCACACCUUGCGCGACCUGAGCCAUUGGUGGGACCCGCCGAGCCGCCCACAGCCUAUGGCCGUGCCUGGUGCUUGACGGCUGUUGAUACUGUAGUGGAACAAAGCUCGGUGGUGGUUCGCUUCUCAGAGCCACUGCGGCCGCAGUUCCGUAUCAUCAACCGCACCGGUCACCCGCUGGGUCUGUGCCAGGAUUCUGAAGGGGCGCCUUCCUUGGAGCUGGCGCCCGAAAGGCGAAUGAGCUUCUGCUGGUUCCAGCCCGAAGGGCCCCAGCGGCUGAAGCUUCGGCUCGGACCGAAAGAGCACAGCUACGAGGUUGGGACUGUUGAGGAGCACUCGCCGCCGCUUCACGUGGAAAGACCUCCGCAAGGUGCUGCUGCAGGCUGGUUUCGGGAGGAGUUUUUGGUGCAGACACGAGUGGUCAGAGGAUCACGGGAGGUUCAUAUCCACCCCCACUGCCGUCUCACAAACAUGAAGGGGCAACCUCUUCUGGUACGAUCCGGGAACGCGAAGGCAGGUGAAAUGGCUGUUGUUCCUCAUGAAGGCUCUGUUUGCCUCCAGAGAGAAUCCAAGACGUCCGAGCAGGUGUUCCUUCAAAUUGCAAGUUGUGCGCAAGACUGUACUCUUGGUGCGUCGGCAACACACUGGUCAGCACCGAUCAUGCUUACCAAGAGCUUGUCCGGGCACCGGGGAUUCCUGCGACACAUGACCAGUGGUGGAGCAGGCAUGACGUCUGUCUUUGAGAUCACCAUGGUUGAUGUGAAGAAAGAUCCGGUCUCAGAUUUCCUGGUCGUGGAGCUUCGUCCCUACGUUCAGUCAAAGUGCCCGUACUUCAUCGAGAAUGCAAGUCGCUUUUGCUGCAGCAUCAGCCAGCUGGACGGACCGGAAGCAGGGGCUACCCUAGAUCUUUUCCCACAGGAGAGUGCGCCUUUUGUUCCGGUGGGCGCGGUUUUGGGAGGUGCCGGCAGCUUUCAGGUGAGACUCUCCGCGCUGGGGGAGGGUGACGAAGCUGAUCAAAGCACAGUGAUUGACAUCGAGCUGCCGCAAGAGACGAUUCUUGGGCCGUUGCAUGUUCAAGUGCUGAAAGAGAGACCUCGUCACAUUAUCAUCAGAGAUGUGGGAGCUGUGCAAAAAUCCGGACUCAGGAGGUCUCGCAAAAGUCAGCUGCAAGCAUUUCCUCCAUUUUUGCUGAUGAGGCGUCUACUUGGCUCUGGCAAGGCUUGGAUCCCUGACUGGAAGGAGAACAAAGACAAGCUGGCUGUUCCAAAACCGAUCCCACUGUCUCCCAGAAGACGCACCCGAUUGAACAGCAAUCAGUUUGGGAGCCCUGCAUCCUCGCGGAAAAGAACCCUCCACCUCGGAACUUCAAGACAAUCAAGUCCCGGCGGGGCGCGUCGCAGACCUACGCACUUCACCGGAGCGUCCACUCCACGUCUCCUCCCACUGCCAACGGCACAUUCGUUGGGUUCACCUAUCUCCCGUCUCAGGAAGGGCACGCUGGAUAUCUUUUGGACACGCAGUGGACGGAAGCAUUCAUAUCGAUCCAACGGAGUCGUGUUCCAACUUUGUGCAGAGGGGGCAGGCAUCACCCUGGUGGACAGCACUGCCUUGCACGAGGUUGCUUAUUUUUGUGUGGAAACGCUGGUCAUCAGCUCUACCCGAGAUGGGGCACAGCAUGAACUUGACAUCAAACUCGGUUGUGUGCAAGUUGACGUGAGGGACAACGGUGCUAGCUGGAGAAGCAACGUCAUGCUUCGCCCGCAACGGGCGCGCCUCCACAAUCCUGUUCGGGCCGUGAAGGAGAAACCUUUCCUGGUCUGCAGUGCAACCUGGACAGCGCUGGAUCGUGGAGCAGGUGCAGCUGCUCACCUGGAGGUUGAGAGCCUUCGGAUCGAUGUCCAACCCAUUGAGCUGCGCUUGGACACCAUGAGCUGUUUCCAGCUGGCGCACUAUGGCUUGGAUUUGCUACGCAGGGCCGAGCCGAUAAUUGCAUCCCACCCGCUGUUUGGGCACUUGCGGCUGAUGCUGAAGACGCACUGGAGGAGUGAUGGAGAGCAACUGCUGGUUGCAGAAGAGGGCGAAGCUCGAGAUCCUGUGCUCGGAGAACCUCCGUGCCCUGAGGGUGACGACUUCAAUGUACCUACGCCGGUCUUCCUCAAAGAGCUGUUCGUGAGGCGCAUUCAGUUCUUCGUAUCGGUGCGAUUCAACGGAAAGGGGGCCACCGAUUGCCAGGGCAACGAAGCCUUGCACGCCGUGGAUAUUUUGCUUCGCAAGCUGAUUCCGUUCGACGUCUCGCAGGCUCGGAUUUCACUUGGACCGUUUUUUCGAAGGCGGGGAUCAGCUCCAAGCUCGCCCAGCUCCACGAGCCCGCUGUGGAGGCGCCUGCUGCGUUACAUCCCCUGCAUUGGUGACACGGACGGCGACGCUCACCUGUCGGAUGAGUUUUUGCCCCACGGCUUUCAUGAGCUGGUGUCUGAAGCUGCAUCGGCCUCCGGCACGGCGGUUCUGCGACAAAUCCCGCAGUUGCUUGGUGCCCAGCGGGUGCUUGGAAGCCCGGCACAGCUCUGCGCAGAGCUGAACCAAGCGCUGCGCCUGGCGCUCUUUGGCGUUUGCAGCUGCAGCCCCUGGCUUUUGAUCGCAGCACUGCUCACAGUGCUGGCAGCUGUUCUGGAGUCAGUGGAGGGCAUCUUCAUGAUCGUUGCAAAGACAACUUGCCGCAUUACUGCUGGCACUGUCCCCACUGGCCUUCGCAAAGAGCCUUCUGGUGUUGCAGGUGCUUUGAUGGAUCUUCUGUGGUAUGGCUUCCCUUGGCAUGCCCAGCAACUCUAUCGAGAGUGCAGACGCCAGUGUCACAUUGCUUUCUCUGCCCACUCGAUCACCGUCAGCCUUCGGUGCUUGCUCGAAGGGACCUGGCACUUUGUGUUCUCGAUCCUGUCCUCCAGCAUGGUGAUUGUCGCAAAACUUUUUCAAUCGAUGCAGCUACUAUUCCACACUUUGGCAUGGUACGUUUGUCCCGAGCGCGUGGCAGAGUUGGGUGCUCCCUUAUCCCGGCGAGUGGGGCCUUUGCUCUUUCACAUCGGCUCGCCCUUGCAGUAUUCUCACUCUGUGACUUCCAUUAUGGGCGUGGUCAACAGCGCCGUCAGGGGCACCCGCCUUCGCGACUGGCGAUUGCGGCAUUUGCCGGGAGGUGACGGAUCUCUGCUUGCGGUACAAGGCUCCGGAUUUUUCCUCGUGCGGUCAAGCGCCAUCAGACGAUGUGUACCUGCACGUGAAGCAGACGUCUUUCUGGCUUGGCAAGCGCGGGGGAACUGGGAAAGGGUGGAGCUUCGUCUUGUCCGGCCCACCCUCAGAACGGAGAGCCACCGACACGAGAUGCGCCGUCGCUUCGUGCUAUGCCUUUACCGGAGGACGGCGCCUUACUGCAAGGUGCUACGACUCAGGAGCCGGCGCGCGGCUCUCUGUGCCUUCAGCUUCGCUCAGGCCAACACGAUGGCAAAGAUUAUCUGGAUGGCGAUGUCGUAUGUCGUAUCGGGCCAGGACGACAUCGUAAUGAAGACUUGUCAGCACUACUGGCGUGUGCUCACCAUCUGCAAGACGAUUGCACAUGGGCUGCAAGCCAGUAAGCUGACGUAUGUCCUUUGCACGCCAGAGGUCGGCAUCAGUUUGUGGACAUUGGAUAUCAUGUUUUGGUGCCGGGUGCAGAGCCGCCAGGCAGGCCUCUGA